AUGAAGGAUAUCUGGAAGCAUAACUUAAACAAUUAUCAUGCUAUUCAGCUGAGAUCAAAAGAACUCGCUGCACAACAUCCGAGCUCCAGAGAUUCCGAUCCAGCCUAUCCCAUCUUGGAUAUUCUCAACUUCAACUUGGCUAUUUUUUUAUCAAAGUUCUAUGUCGAGCUUCAUAGAUAUGACAACAAAAAGCCUGCAGCACAAUCUCUAUUACUGCGCACUAUCAAUGAUUACUUUCUGGUAUUGAAAAAUAAGAUCGGCAAAACUCAUUUGGGAUCUUUGUCGUUUGCGCGGCUGCCAUAUGAACACAUUGACUAUCUUAACCAUACUCAACUCACCGAAGCUGUUGAUGUGAUUUCAUCAAAUCUAAACAAGCUAGACCAAUUUUUAUCUUUGCUGCUCACCAAUGAGCACGAGCAGAAGAUAAAGUCUCGGCGCUUGAUGCACUACACCUUUGGGGCUAUUGGAAUUUCAGUUCUUUCAUUGUGGCUUCUGCGUGAUGGUAGACUUUCAGGCAUCAUCAGUAACUGGGUCCUCGAGACAAAAGAUUCAACAGUUCGGUUUUUGAGGGACAAUGUCGAGCAACCGCUUAUGUACAUAAGAGAUGGACUUGUCGAGGCAUACAGCGACAGUAACACUAGCAGGGGAGUGAUAGAAUCCAAACGACUGCAAGCAACUUCUGAUUCACUACACGGCAUGUUGUUGGACUUUGGCGAACUAACAGGUCUAAAGUUCCCACCAAAUGCAUCAGACGAAGAAAUGUAUAAUAUUGUAGAGAAAAGUUUCGGAGAGCAACGAAGUCUUUUUGGGGGAGUAUCUGCUCAUUCAAUGCUUAGCCAACUCUUGAAGCUAAAUCUUGAAGUUGAAAAGACAAUCCCUAAUCUGUAAUACCACUUAUUGUUGGCCCGUCAGAGCAAGUUUGUCAUUCUUGCUUUUAUACCGACAAUCUUUCUCUCUCUCGGUGUGGGUAUACUAUCAUAUGCAUUGGACAAACUGGGUACUAGGAUGACAAAAUACAAGGAGAGAAUUGGUCAAGCUGAAAGAACACGGCUACUAUUGGUUGUUGAGAAGUAUGUUGGGAAGCAAAAGAUCCCUUUGUCUUCAUGUCCGGGGGCUUGGGAGGAUCCUGAUUAUGAAAAUGGAUUGCUUUUAUACUACUUGGAUCAGCUUUACAGAGCAGUAAAGAAGCAAUCAAACGCACUUGGUGACUGGCGGGCUGACUGGCUUCGCUGGAGCCGUUAUAUUGAAUUCCUGGGGGACCCAAAUGGUGAGACUUCGCACAAGCUAGAAUUAAUAUAUCAAUUUCAAAUGGACGUCCCUUAUUUGUUUUCGCUGGAAUCGCUCGAGGCUUAGAGCAUGGUGCUGUGGAGUAGGGGUGUACACGGGGGUUGAAAACCGGCAUGACCCGGCCCGAACCGCCAUGACCCGUAACCCGAAAAUGCUUGAAAAGUGGAACCGAAACCCGGCCCGUUGAACCUCGGGUCGGGACGGGUUUUAGCGGGUCGGGUUCGGGUUUUAAGGGUUGACCCGAAAAUGGACUUUACUUGUUGGGCUUCUUUGAUCUACAUGUACUUCUGAUGAUGGAUAUACAUAAAAUUAGAAACAAUUAUUGCUAGAAAUGCAAUACAUAUUACAGAAAUGGAUUUUUGGUGGUUUUUUGUGAAGUGGGUUAACUAGUGAAGUGGUGCUUUUCGUAACUAGAGAGAGGGAGAAAUUGGAUUUUGUGAAAUGUGUGUUAUGUGGUGGGGUGGAAGUCACGUUCCUUUUAAAAGUGGAGUAGGUGUAGGUUGAUUAUUUUUUUUUUUAAUGGCAAGUAGAUAUAGAUAGCUAGAUAGAGGUUGUAAAUAAAAAUGUGCAGGAAGUCAUGUGACUCUUUUACACAUUCAAACAAAAUAAUUUUAUUGACUUUAUGUA